GCCUCCCGCGCUAUAGGUGGGGAUGAAAGGCGUGGGCGUGUCCGCGGCGUGGCAGUGGGCGGGGCCUCUGGGCGGCGGAGAGGAGAAGAGAGAGAGUGAGAGAAAGCGGAGAGAAAAGACGAUGGCUGCAAUUCGCAAGAAGCUGGUGAUCGUCGGGGAUGGAGCCUGUGGGAAGACGUGUUUGCUCAUCGUGUUCAGUAAAGAUCAGUUUCCGGAGGUCUACGUACCUACAGUGUUUGAAAAUUAUGUUGCAGACAUCGAGGUGGACGGCAAACAGGUGGAGCUGGCGCUGUGGGACACGGCAGGACAGGAAGAUUACGACAGGCUGAGGCCGCUGUCAUACCCAGAUACUGACGUCAUCCUCAUGUGCUUCUCCAUAGACAGCCCGGACAGCUUGGAGAAUAUUCCAGAAAAGUGGACGCCGGAGGUGAAGCACUUCUGCCCGAAUGUGCCCAUCAUCCUGGUGGGGAACAAGAAGGACCUUCGCAAUGAUGAGCACACGCGACGGGAGCUGGCCAAAAUGAAGCAGGAGCCCGUUAAAGCGGAGGAAGGGCGAGACAUGGCCAACCGCAUCAACGCCUCCGGGUACCUGGAGUGCUCCGCCAAAACCAAGGACGGUGUGAGGGAAGUGUUCGAGAUGGCCACAAGGGCAGCGCUGCAAGCCAAGAAACGUAGCAAGAAGAGUGGCUGCGCUCUACUAUAGAGGAAGAGGGGAGUUUUGAGGGAAGGGGGGAGGAGGGAAACCAAACCAGGCCACAGAAAAGAGAGAGAGAAAGACAUAUGGGAGGGAGGGAGGGCGCGCCCCCUAGUGUUAGCUAGGCAUUUAGGGAGGGUCAUUUUACAAAAGCAGGCCAAAGGACCUAAAGAUUGCGGGGAAUCAACAAAAAAAGGGACCUAGAUAUUUCUUUCCAGCACGACGCGUUGCUGUUUGUCCAUUUCCAGAUCAGGGUUAGCCUAAUAAAGCCUUUGUAGUGGACAUAGGUCAGGUCAGGAAAGCGAGUUUGGUAAAGUUCGUCAGGCAUAGACAGCGAUUUGCUAAUUGACACGUCCAGGCUCCGCCCACAAAUGUGUUCUUUUGUAGCUAACGGUUGAAAUUUACUGGAAUUGCGUUCGACUCUAAUAAGAAAUCGUAACUUUUUUUUUUCUUCAAAAUUCGAGGGUUGGGACAAUGAAGGUAAAACCACAGAGCAGCACACGGAUAAGGAUCACUGUACUUCAUCAGUUCUGAGUUCUGUGCUGGAUCAGCCUCUUUUUAAUUGCUUAAUAAAACAAAAUUUCCAAAUAUUAAACAGAAUUAACAAAAAAUAAACACCAACAUAAGGAAGUUUUUAAAAUAUUUGGCCCUAAAUUUUUUUCCAUUUUUCGGAGUGUCUCGAUUAUAUCGUCAGUACUAAACUCAGAACUGAACCCACACCAGCAGGAUCUAAAGAAUGCACCUAUGUUUACAGCAACCGAGCCUUCAUAGGCAGAACAAGGCCAGUAUAUACACCCCAGACUUUAUCUGCAGUGCAAAACUGAGUAGCUGGUACCAAAAGCAGGACGAGUUGACUGCACAGGCACCAUUCAGUGGAAAAACGGCUUUUAAAUCAAGUGAAUAUUUUCUAUAUCAGUAACCUUAUUUACAUGUGUUGUACUGUAAUAGCACCAGUAUUUACAUUUUAAUGAAUAACGCUAAUCAGUACAUUCAGUGUUUUCUACUGCAGGGUACCUGCUCAAUCGACCCGACCCUACUUGCUUUUAGUACCAGCUGUAGAUAUAGCGCCCCCCAGUGUAGCUGCUCGUCACUGCGACCCUGCCGUGACGUGGAGAGAUGCAUUUUGUUCAGAAGAGGCAGCAAGACAAAAGACUGAUAAAUGAAAGAGAGGAGGGUAAAGAGAGCGGUGUGAGUGGGUGAAGUGUAGCGCGUGUUAAACGUUCAGUAAAAAUGAUUUGGAUUUUUUCAUCAUGCCCACGUUUAGUCCAAAGCUUUCUCACGGUCGUCUCCAGACGCCCUCGUCACGCGAUCACGUCUAGCCGUUAGGUCGAGUGGGAUUGCUUGUCUGACCGUACGACGGUUACACGUUUGUGGGCGGAGCCUCGACAGGACAAGCGCUGAAUCUGAAGUAACUUCUGUUCAUACGAUUAUGACGCCCAGAUUUAUGUACUGUAACGGGGGAGUCGCGUCCGAUUCAGGCUCUGCUCGGCUCUGCUCGGCUCUGCUCGGCUCCCAGGGACCCAGUUUUUGUUCUUUGCUGUCAGCUGUACUGCUACUGUCCUGUGUGCGCUCAUCUUUUUCUCCCCUCCAGAAGACACACUAACCCCCGUUAGUUAAAGCGAUAGUUUGACGAAAAGUGAAUAUGCUAAUUGGUGGAGUAUAAGGCUACGAAGAUGAUCAACUCUGAUCAGCUCUCAGCUUCAUUAUUAGAGCGAGGCGAAGGAGAAAAAGGUGAGAUGAGCUGCUUUACCACCGUUUACAGGCUUUAACGUCUGGUCGGCGCUGUUGCCAUGGUAACGCUGAGCGAUGGGCACGCGCAGUGGAAAGAAAUGCACGUGAAUUCCGAUCUGAGCGUCACACGGCCACGAAUCGAAUACGUAUCAGAUAGGACCACAUAUGGAAGUGGCUCAGGUCGGAUUUGAAAAGAUCAGAUUUGCGUCCACACUGUCCUGAAAACACCAGAUCUGAGUCACAUCAGGGCAGAAAAUCAGAUCUGUGACACUGAAAUCUGGGAAUGUGGACGAAGCCUAAGCUCCAUUUGCCUCUGAGCUUCAGGGCGAAACUAAAGAAGCAAAUUUGACACCAAACAUCUUGGCCUAUCAACUGCAUUUGAGCGGCAAGUGUUGAAAUCCACCCCCCAAACUAUCGUUUUAACAGAGCAGACCCCUCUCUAGCCCUGCCCCCCCUCCCUCAGUUUAGUCACUGGUUGAAAUCGUUAUCAGUCUCAUGCGUCUCAGACACAGCGAGCGUUUUUGACCUAUUUAAAUGUAACUCACGUUUUUGCCUCUUGCCUAUAAAGUUCUAAGUGAAACGCGUUUAGCAGUAAUGAUGCUGCUGCUUUACUUUUGUGGCUAUUUUAUAUGCGCCUUUGUGUCUGUGAUUUUUUUAAAGGAACUAUCAGGUCAGUCAGCGCUAUCGAAGCUCAAAGCCGAUCAAACUAAAGGCCGCAGUCUCGCGGGCCGUCAGUUACGGUUUCUUUUUGGUUCCUCUGGUUUGCCAGGUUUUUAUAGCUGAUGUUGAGAAAUGGAUUCCUUUAUUUCUUCAGAAAGAAAAGAAAAAGAAAAAAAAAAAACCCAAACAAACCCAGAAGCUCCCUCCGCUGGGUUUUCCUUUACUGUACUAUGUGCUUCAGCUGUUUGCAGCACGCUGUACGCUUUAGCAGUUUUGUGGCGUUCUACUGGCUCGUUCUGUUUCGUUUUCAUUUAUAUUUUAAAUAUACGAUGUUAAAUUAGAACUUAUGUCUUAAACGGAAGAAAAAAGUCCAAAGUAGUGGAUAUUUGGAGAAACGGUUUUAUUGCCAUGUUAUAAAAUGCAAGUAAUUUCUUAAGAGAUUCUGCAUUUGAUUGUAAGAAAAGAAAAAAACCUUUGAUGCAUCAAUAAUGUUUUGUAUACCGACGCAUCUUUGGAGUUUUAAAGUACGAGAGAAAAUAAAAAAUCUUCUAGAGUAA